AUGGCUACGUCUAUCCUCGGGGAAGAGCCGAGAUUUGGAACGACUCCCCUGGCCAUGCUGGCCGCCACCUGCAACAAGAUCGGCAACACUAGUCCCCUGACUACUCUGCCCGAGUCUAGCGCCUUCGCCAAAGGGGGCUUCCACCCCUGGAAACGCUCCACCUCCAGCUGCAACCUGGGCUCCAGCCUCUCGGGCUUCACGGUGGCCACAAGUAGGGGCUCCAACGGACUGGCCAGCGGCACGGGCACCGCCAACAGCGCCUUCUGCCUGGCUUCCACCUCGCCCACUUCCUCGGCCUUCAGCAGCGACUACGGCGGCCUCUUCUCCAACUCGGCGGCGGCGGGCGUGUCCCCGCAGGAGCCCGCCGGGCAGUCGGCCUUCAUCUCCAAAGUGCACAGCUCGGCGGCCGAGAGCCUCUACCCGCGGGUGGGCAUGGCGCACCCCUACGAGUCCUGGUACAAGUCGGGCUUCCACUCCACGCUCUCGGCGGGCGAGGUGGCCAACGGAGCGGCCUCCUCCUGGUGGGAUGUGCACACCAACCCGGGCUCCUGGCUCGAGGUGCAGAACCCGGCGGGGGGGCUGCAGAGCUCGCUGCACUCGGGCGCCCCCCAGGCCUCGUUGCACUCCCAACUGGGCACCUACAAUCCCGACUUCAGCUCCCUCACCCACUCCGCCUUCAGCUCCACCGGCCUGGGCUCCACGGCCGCCUCGCACCUGCUCUCCACCAGCCAGCACCUGCUCACCCAGGAGGGCUUCAAGCCCGUGCUGCCCUCCUACACGGACUCCAGCGCGGCGGUGGCGGCGGCCAGCGCCAUGAUCUCGGGCGCCGCCGCCGCCGCCGCCGGGAGCGGCUCGGCCCGCUCCGCCCGGCGCUACUCGGGCCGCGCCACCUGCGACUGCCCCAACUGCCAGGAGGCCGAGCGGCUGGGGCCGGCGGGGGCCAGCCUGCGGCGCAAGGGGCUGCACAGCUGCCACAUCCCCGGCUGCGGCAAGGUGUACGGCAAGACCUCGCACCUGAAGGCGCACCUGCGCUGGCACACGGGCGAGCGGCCCUUCGUCUGCAACUGGCUCUUCUGCGGGAAGCGCUUCACCCGCUCCGACGAGCUGCAGCGGCACCUGCGGACUCACACGGGCGAGAAGCGCUUCGCCUGUCCCGUCUGCAACAAGCGCUUCAUGCGCAGCGACCACCUGAGCAAACACAUCAAAACGCACAACGGGGGCGGCGGCGGCAAAAAGGGCAGCGACAGCGACACGGACGCCAGCAACCUGGAAACGCCGCGCUCCGAGUCCCCCGACCUCAUCCUGCACGAGGGGGUGGGCGCCGCCGCCCGCGGCCCGGGCAAGGAACCUAGCGCGGGGCCCGGCGACUCCUAG